CGCAAUCAUCUCUCUCAAUCAUCCAUCUCUCUAUCUUCUGAUAUUACUUCAUCUCUCUUAUAAACCGGCCUCUCUCUUGCUCCCUUUAAUCCACGUGGUUUUGAUGAAUUUUCUAUCAUCAUCACCAUCACCUUUUUCUCUCUCUCUCUCUCUCCCUAUCUAUCUUCAUCUUUCUUCUCUCUUUCUCUCCUUCUCCCUCUCUUCUUUCUCCCUUCCCCUAGGGAUGUUUAAAGGGAGAUGAUUUCUCGCAAACGGAAUCACUUUGACGAUUCUCUUCAACCUGUAAGCAUUAUCACAUAUUAAUUUUUUGUUUUAAUUUUUUAUUCACCUCUUUAUCUUUCCAUUGCUCAAUUUGUUUGCUUUCUCAGCAAAUUUGUUAAAGUCUAUUGACCGUUAACCGUUAAUUGUUUCACUUUUAACCUGUUGAUAAAGUUUGAAGAAAAAAAAUCUAUUGAUUUUUUCCCUCUUUUAUCUCGCCUUUUUCUGUUGAUUUAUUUUCAAACGUUGAUCAUUUUUUGACUUAGUGACUGGACUUUUAAACAACUUUCUAAUCUUCUGCUUCUAUUACCUGGACUUCUCUUAUCCACUAAAACUGUUUAUCUCUUUGACACACAUAUUAUUGUGAUUCAAGUUCACUCAACAUACAAAAAAACGAACAAGUCAACUAACAAUGUUUAUCGGAUUAUUAGUAUUAAUAGUGAUAAGUUUAGCAUCCGCUAAACCUUUCAACCCAAAAUUGGAUUCAACAUCAUCUUCGGAAACUCGUCCAAAACAUGUCGCUAAAAACCGUCGUGAGCCUUAUGUACGUUGGCAGCAUGAGCCUGCAAGUAAUUUAAUCCUAAUUGCUGGUCAGAGACACACAAUUGAAUGCGAAGCUGCUGGAAGUCCUCCACCCAAAAUACAUUGGCUUAAAAAUGGACGUCGAAUUGAUCAGAGUGGUCAAGCUAUUUAUGGUAACUCUGAAAUAGUUGAUUCAUCUGAAAGUCCAGAACUUGGAUUAAGUUUAACUAAAUCUAAGCUUAGUUUGGGUUGUGUUAAACCAGAGGAUACUGGAUUGUACACUUGUGUUGCUGAAAAUAAUCAUGAAAAAAUCGCUGCUGAAAGUCAGAUUAAGGUAUUACCUUCAAUAGAAUCGUCACCUUUUUCAUCAUACACCGAGUGUUCCCUACACGAAUCAAAGAAACCAUCAAUUUCUAUGUGGACACAUACACGUCUAGAGAAAUUAGAUUUUCCCGUUAUUCUUUACUGUCGAACCGAUGGUAGAACAGAUUCUUCAAUCAAAUGGAUUAACUCAGAUGGUAGAGAAUUAAAUGCAUUCACAGCUGACGGUAAAUACGAUCUUCUUUCAACUGGUGAUUUAUUAAUACGAAAAGUAUCUUGGGAUGAUAUGGGAAGUUAUUUUUGUGUCGCUGAAAAUCAAUAUGGCCAAGAUAAAAUCGAGUCAUUCUUAUAUCCAGCACAGCCUGAUAAACAAUGACAUUAGCUAUUAGAUUAAUUUAGGUUUUUAUUUAAUUUGAUUAAUUUGAAUGAAGUCAAUCUCUCUUUAUCUCACUCAAGCUUUCCCUAUAUAUUAAAUGAAAUAUAUGUUAUAUUUAUCGUAAACAAAAAAAGCUAAAGGAGAAACAACCACAUCCAAAGAGGAUUAAAGCUCGGAAAUGAACAUUGAAAAAGUUUACUUACAUCAUUCAUGCACCAAACAUUUCUAUCUCUCUCAGUCCAACAACUCUCACCAUGGUGCAUAAAUUAACACAGAUUGAUUAGCAAAGAUCAAAACCAAUUAACCACCGACGUCAACUGUGUAAUUCAAAAAAACACUGAUUGUGUGAUUUUACAUCUUUUUCCAGUUUUAAUCAUCAUCAUUACCCCUCCUUGUUUUUUUCGAAUAUCUUUAUCUCUUCUCUUUUUACAUCCAAUCCAUUUUAUUUAUUAUUCUAUCAUCUUAAUCAUUUCACACUCACUUGUUCUAUUUUUCUCUCUUUACACAACCAAUACUUAAUUGCCAUCUAUUUUUAUUUUUAAUUGUAAUCCAAAGCUAUCAACUUUUUUGCUUGUUUUCCCUCCUAUUUUUUUGCUGUAACUUUGCAGCUUCAAUGCUAUUGCUGCUCUCUCUCUCUCUCUCUCUCUCUCUCUCUCUCUCUCUCUCUCUCUCUACUUGAUAAACUCUCAAAACUCUGAGAUAUAUCAUGCUAUUAAUUUCCCAAAGUUGAAGUUUUGUCACAUCAUUCUAACUGUUGAAUUACCUAAAUUAAUUGUUCUUUGCUUUUCCCCUUUAUCUCAAAAUUGUGAACUUAUCCCUCUAACUCUUUUGUUAAUCAACAAUAAUCAACUUUAAUCUCAAUGUGUUUUGCCAAAACCGCCAAGGACGCACAAUAGAUCCAUAAAAUAUUAUAAUCGCAUCAUGUAUUCAUAACUUAACAACUGAUCCGAUGAUAAUCAAAUCACCAUGUGAAUCUAAUUCACUUUAAAAGAAACUUUCAUGUUUUGGUGAUGGUGCUAUUACCAAAGCCGAAAGUGGUAAUAAUAAUAUUUGGAACAACCUGGAAUAUGUCAAAAACAACGAGAAAAACAAAGUGUUGAAAAGAAAUGAAGAAAAAAAAUUAACACCAUAAUAUCAAUUUUAAGAUUGAUUAUCAAAUUAAUCAAAUGAAACUCAGCGAAAUGGCCAAAUAAUUAACUUUAAUUAAAAAUAAACAAUAUAUCAAACCCUA